AUGCCCGUUAUAUCACAACAACCACCUUCGAUCGAGGUCAAACAGGCUUUGGGAGGCAAGGAGACGCCGUCGCUCAUGUCACAAUCACCCAUGGCAACCGAAGACAGUGUGGAGAAUAUCAACAAAGAAAAGCUGGCCAAUAUCAAAAGGAUGAUGAGGACAUACGUUGAUGGUGCUCUGCGUGAAAAGGAUCAGGGCAAUCUUACAAGAUACAAUGAAUUGGUCAGCCUUCUCAUGACGGAUCCAUCAAGCGAAGAAGCUCCUCCUUUGGUGAAACUUUACACAUGGGUCGUUGUUCUUUCCGAAAGCGUAUCAUCAUUGGACAAGACUUGUGCUGCUCUUGUGGAUGCUUUAUUACACAUUGACUGGGCCACACGCGACAAUACCUUUGCCAGCACAUUUAUCCAAUUCCUACAAAAUUUGGUCUCUGCUCAUUCAUUUUAUACGCGCGCUGUCAUCGAUUCUCUUAUUGGUGGUCUUCAUUAUCGUUUACGGAUGCCGUCACAUGCAAAGGUGCCACGAUCCGCAGUAUACGAUCGGACUCACGAGGCGUUGCGCAGCGUUUUACGUAUUAUUCCCACUGCGGUGGAUUUGCUUUACACAAGCGUCGUUAACCGUGUGCCCCAUUUACGCCAUAAUUCAGCUGUUCAAGCAACGUACAUCAGCAACAUCUUACGUAUACUCGAGUACAUGCCUCAUCUACAACGACAAAUCUUAGCAUUGUGUAUACAGCAAAUGGUCAAAAUUGAUUCCCAUAUCCAAAUUGAGCUUGAUGAAUUGGAAGAGGAUGUGGAUUUUGAGACAUACGACUUGAGCUUGGAUGGUGACUACGAAUCCGAUGCAAGUGAUGAUGAGACGGAUGAUGAGAACAACUUUUCGGAUGACGAAUUUGAUGAGGAGGAUGAGGAUGAACCUGUCGAGAAAAAGACAAGUGAAUCACGGCAAGUACGCUUCAUCAAGUCGAUGGUGCGUAAAUUGGAUGCCAUGAUGGUCCUUGUGCUGCGAUACCUCUCCAAUUAUGCUAUCAACGCGACCAGUGAGGAACGUAGCCACAUGUACAAGACCCUUUUGAAUCUAUUCGAUCAGCAAAUCGUCAUGACUUUGAAAUCACGCUACACACAAUUCUUGCUCUUUUACUUCAGCUCCUUGGAAGUCAACGUUUUCCCUGAGCAUUUUAUCAAACAUCUCUUCGACUCCAUGAACGAUACAUCCCGCCCUGGUAUCAUCCGUAUUGCAUGUGCUGCUUAUAUCUCUUCCUAUGUCGCUCGUGCCAAGGUGCUUGAUUCGGAUGGUGUUCAAAGUGCCAUGAAUACACUGUGCAAUUGGUGUUACGCCUACCUCGAUCAACUCGAUGACGCCAUGUUACGUCCUGAUCCUAUCAAGCACGACAUGUUUUAUGCGGUGAUGCAAGCGAUCAUGUACAUUUUCUGUUUCCGAUGGCGCGACCUUGUGAUGCAAGAUAAUGAUUUCGACGCUCAAGAGGAUGAUGAUGAAGAAUCUCAAUCCAAUGCUCCCGAGAAUGAUGCUUUGGAUAAGGUGCCAAUGAUCGUGAUCGGUAAUGGUACCCGAAAAUGGUGCCGUGGUUUACGCAAUAUCGGUGUCUUAUUACAAAGCAAGCUCAAUCCACUCAAGGUGUGCUCACCCAUGGUUGUUCAACAAUUUGCAAAGAUUGCAAGUGAAACGGAUUUGGUGUAUGUUCAUGCCAUGUUGGAAAACAACAAGAACGUGUAUAUUUCGGGUGUUACAGCAGGUGCAUCGGAUGGCUCAAGGGGCAAGCAUAUCCUGGCAACGGUACAAUCUUUCUUCCCAUUCGACCCAUACAAUUUGAAGAGUAGCCAACAUUUCAUCCAUGACAUCUACUUUGAAUGGAUCGCCGAUGACGAUGAUGAGGAUGAGGAUGAGAGUAGUGAUGACGAGAAUGAGAGUGAUGAAGAAGAACAAGCCAUGGAACAAGGCCUGUCCGCUAUGAGUAUCAGCCCUGUUGCACCACAAUUUAUGUCAUUAUCAUGA